GCCAGUCUCAAGUUCUCAACUUUGGGCGGCGAAUCGUUUCCGGCGAAUGAAUGACUCACGGCUAGUUGACGGACCUGAAAUUUGAAUGUUCGGUGAUAUUGUUAUUGUUACGUAACAGUGGGGAUGUGAUACAAGACUUGGACGCUUGUCUUCGAAAUUCUGCUAGUGCUUCGAAACAGUUGUGAGUCAGCGAAUGCGACAAAUUAAUGAUAAUAGAAGAUCCAUGCUGUGAACUGUGAUCAGUGAUUCUGAUCUGAAUGUGAAUACGGAUCAGCUGUAAAGUGGGGUAUUUACUUAUUUGCCUUGUAAAUUGGAUUGUUUGGAUCGGGACAGUGGACUUGUUGUGUUACUCAGUUACUAAGUCAUACUAACGACGUGAGCCUGUUCAUUUUUGCUCCUGCUUCGUUCAUUUUGCAAGACAACACGAGUUUCCAUAAUGGAGAUCCACAAAGAUUCCCGCACUGAACCCAAUUCUCUGGGACUUGAGACCAGUAAAACUUCUGCUCAGGGAACAAGAAGAUCUUUUCUAAUUUUUGGUUUGAUUUUUCUUCUGGCACUUUUGUGUAUGGCUGGUGUGUAUCUCAGUUUUCCUUCCCUUGAGCCGCAUGAACGAGCCGUGUUCAGAUUACCGAAAACGAUUGACGAUGCUAAAGCCCUCGGUGAAGUGCUCUAUCGUUACAAGGCGAAAUAUUUCUAUCAAGUAUUUGGUGGAUUCUUUUUGACAUAUAUUUUUCUACAGUCAUUCGCCAUCCCUGGAUCGAUUUUUUUGAGCAUUUUAUCCGGAUUUUUGUUUCCGUUUCCUGUAGCACUGUUAACAGUUUGCACGUGCUCGGCCAUCGGUGCCAGUUGUUGUUAUCUUCUUUCUUUGAUGGCGGGGAAGCCGUUGUUGCUGAAAUAUUUCCCCGAACGUGUCCAGGAUUGGACCAGACAGGUGGAUAAGCACCGUGACAGCCUGCUGAAUUACAUCAUUUUCCUGCGUAUCACGCCUUUUCUCCCAAACUGGUUUAUCAAUUUAGCCUCACCGGUGAUCGGUGUGCCACUGAAACAGUUUUUUCUGGGAACAUUUCUCGGCGUGGCACCGCCUUCCUUUAUUGCCGUGCAAGCAGGAACAACAUUGCACCAGCUGUCAUCCUCCGGCGACGCCUUUUCCUGGACGUCCAUAUGUCUGUUGGCGGUAUUUGCUGUGGUUUCCCUGCUUCCGGUGAUCUUCAAGCGGCAGUUGAUAAAGAAAUUCAACUGACGUCUGACGAUAUUGUAACUACUGGUAGUUUCGACUUUUGAGAUCUGCUCAUGUGAUAAGUCUUCGGGUAUUAUUUAUUAGGUAACAGGCGCAUGUUUUACAGUCAGUACCGAGUUGUUUUUCUGGAUGGUUGUAGUAGUUAUGUUGGAGAUUUUGCCUACCGGUACGCUUGUUCAUAAACUUCAUCUUUGGUCGAUUGUGUAAAUCACGACCACCGGCCGCACGAAACCGUGUUUUCGCUAUCGGUUUCUUUAAUUUUAUGUCCAAUUAUUCACUGAAGCUGAAGAAUGAUAUUUCACGCGUA